CAGCAAUAUUAACAUACGGAAGUACUGAGCAUAUGGUAACAGGAUUAACAGUUCCAGAUAAUGGGAUUUCCAGACAAGGAAACAAGUCUGAACAUUCGUCAGAGAAGUGAAUGGCAGGAUCGAAAAAGGAAUUGAAUUUGCAUGCAAGAGGGUCAUCAAAACUUUGCCCAGAGCUGAAUUUGCUCAGACUGCUGACUCAGGCUGUUUUGCUUUGAAACUGAUGGGACAGUUAAUGAAAGUAGUUGAUCGGACACACACACAAGAUGACAGACCUAAAGAGAGCUGGACUUAUCUUCAUCUUUUUUAUACUGCUUCACAGUUUUGUUGCAGCAUUGAACUGCACCAGGCCAACUCCUGAAUCCUUGCUUGCUGCACUUGAUAAGGAAGUGUUUCGUAAGAAUCUACUGCGACCUGUAAAAACAUUUUCAGAUACACUGAACGUAACCAUCGGUAUAACUCUGGUGGGAAUUUUAGGAGUGAAUGAAAAAGACCAGUCAUUGUCAGUAUUCAUAUGGCUAACCCUGGAGUGGUAUAUAGAUGGACUGAGUUGGGAUGAAAAGGAAUGUGGAACUACAAGAGUCUCUGUCCCUCGGGAAAAGCUUUGGAUCCCAGACAUCGGCAUCGCAGAGUUCAUGGAUGAAGACAAAUCUCCCAAAUUUCCCUAUGUCUACUUAUACAACACAGGUCUUGUAUUUGAUGAUAAGCCGAUGAGAGUGACGAGCACCUGUCGAUUAGUUAUCUACACUUUCCCCUUCGAUGUCCAAAACUGCACACUGACAUUUGGGUCAUAUCUACACUUUGCUUCAGACAUAAAGAUGUUUCAAGGCACCACGGCUGCAGAGAUCCUGAAGGAGUCCAAAAAUGUGAUAUACACCAGAGGGGAGUGGGAACUUAUAGAUAUCAAAGCAGCUCCAAAUGCUCUGGAGAUAAUUGAGGGAAGCUACUCUGAGCUCAGAUACUAUAUCAUUUUAAGACGCAGGCCAAUCCUCUAUGUGGUGAACCUCAUUCUACCCAGCACCUUCCUGAGCACAUUAGACCUCUUCAGCUUUCUGCUGCCUCCCCAGUCUGUGGACCGGGCUGCCUUCAAAAUGACCCUCAUCCUGGGCUACACAGUUUUCCUGCUUAUGAUGAAUGACCUGCUGCCUGUCACUGGAAAUGAUACACCUCUCUUGAAUGUUUUAUUCUCGAUCAGUUUCGCUCUGAUGGUGGUCAGCCUGUUGGAGACGGUGUUUGUCAUGAAUAUCCAGCACAGCUCCAGCCAGUAUAGUCCAGUGCCUCACUGGCUCAGUGUCCUCAUGUUACGAUAUAUAGCUGUUGCUGUUUGUCUUCCUCCACAAAAGAAGAGUAACCGCAUCACAGUCUCCCUUCGCCCACCUACUGGAGCAAUGAAUACCAGCAUCAUAUCUUCAAAGGCUCUUCAGAGCUUCUCUGCUACACCUGAUACACCUCCAGAGAAACCCCCUUCAGUGCCCGUCCUGGAUGAACUGAGGAAGCUGAGCAGAGAUCUCAUGGCCAUCCGCCAGCAGAUUGAGAAUCAAGUCCAGGGGAGCAAAACCUCACAGGAAUGGCAAAUGAUCGGAAUAGUCAUUGACCGUUUGCUGUUUGGCUUAUACAUUGUCUUCAUCUUGGUCACCUUUUUGAACAUCCUAAUUAUCUGGCUCGUGCAUGAUGUAUAAGAUGAACUCAGCAGAAGAUUUAAAUCAUACAAUCACACAAUUAUUUUGACUAGUGUGGGGAUGGACACCCUCCAAAAUACUGCAAAAUGUCCCUCUUGAAUGCCUUUAUAGUAGAUAAAACAUAAUAGAGUGCCCUCUGGGAGGCCAUCAUGGUAGAUGAAACACAAUAAAGUCAUUGUGGCAACAGGCAAAGUUCCAUUGGGGGACCCUGAAGCAUUCCCAAUCCAGAUGAGAUACAUAUACUGAUCAGCCAUAACAUUAUGACCACUGACAGGUGACGUGAAUAACACUGAUUGCCUUGUUAUCGUCAAUGGGUGGGAUAUGUUAGGCAACAAUUGUCAACAUUUUGUUUCAAAGAUGAUGUGUUAAUGGGCAAGUGUUAGGAUUUGUGCAAUUUUAACAAAGGCCAAAUUGUGAUGGCUAGACACCUGGGUCACAGCAUUUUGUUACAUAUGGGGCUGUCUAGCAACAGGCAAGUCAGGGGUGCCCAUCCCUCUCCACAUAUUUUGCGUUAUCUACACUUCAUAAUUCAAUAUGUGUUUGUUCAUAGUUUUGAAGUCUUUAGUGUAACAGACUGUAACUCCCAUAGGUGGAGGUGUUGAAAAAUAAAAUGGGUGAGUGGUUACCAGAGGUGUGGAAUAACAAGUCUUGUGUUGUCAAGUAUAUGUUUAGGCUCCAUCUACACUUACCGCAAUUUGGUGUUUUGUAUUUGUCAUUUUUUUAUGAGGAUUCAAUGCCCUAAAAAUAAUAGAGAUGUCCUGUCUGUGCACUUGUUUGCAGCAUAGUGUUGCCGGUGACAAGCUGACAAAAUACACAACCACAUUAUGGGGACACAAAUAUGGAAAAUUUAGGGAUUUAUCUUGUUUUUCACUAAGUAUUUGGUGUGGGUUAUGUCAUGGGUUAGGGUCAGACAUGUAGCGGUUUUGGUUAAGGUUAGGAUCAGUCUCCAGAGAAUAAAUGUUAGUCAUUUCAGUGUCUUUAGUGGAAAAAAACAAGUGGGUGCUUGCCAUCUGCACUUCCAGUAGGAACUAUAUUUUCUAUCUUUGAAAAACAUCCAGCGUGAGUCCAUCUCAGCAGAGUAUCAGCAUUGUCUCAGAUUUGCUCUUAAUAUCAGGUAAUGGUAGCCUACUUUUAUUCAUAACUUUAAUGACUGUAGUUUUGUAUGUAUUUUACUUUCCGGAGUGAAAUAUGUGUAGCUCUGCAGCUGAAUUAUAAGCAGUGCUAUUAUUAUUUUAGUAAUCAUUACUGUAGUACUACAUCCUGUCCUGUGUUGAUGUCAUCUUUUCUGUUUUGUCCAGGGAAAUGAAUUAUCUUUUAUUUGUAUAUAAGAAUGUACUCUAUGAAUGAGAAUGCUACUAAUAAAGCAAAAUCGCAUCUUUAAUGUAUG